UCCCCGUGGAAAAGCUUAACGGGGCUCUGAUUUGUGUGAUCCUAUGAAUUCCAAAAUGAAAGAAAAACUGAGUGCAGAAGAAUCAUCAGGAUCUUUGCAGAAAUACCUCACAGACACCACAUGCAAUGCUGCCCCAAGACGGACUCUUAAAAUGAUUCAGCCUUCAGCAACAGGUUGCCUGGUUGGCAGACGUAAUGAGAAGAAAUCUUCAGUCAGAAGGAAACUAUGGAAUAACAAGUUCACCUCAAAAGCUUGUAAAGCUGAGGUGUCUGUAAACAAGGAGCAAGAAAAUGAGAACAUGAAUGAUGUUGUUCAAGCUGUAGAUCUCAUGAUAAAAGGAAGUCCUUCAUCUCAAUAUUGGAAAGAAGUGGCUGAAGAAAGGAGGAAGGCUCUGUAUGAAGUGCUUCAAGAAAAUGAAAAGUUGCACAAAGAAAUCGAACAGAAAGAUGGUGAAAUUGCCCGCCUAAAAGAAGAAAAUGAAGAGCUAAUGUCCCUUGCUGAACAUGUGCAUUAUAUGACCAGCUUGGUUGAGAGGCUAACUGGGCAAGCACCUGACAAUCUUGAGACAACAAAGAGUCUGGCUCUAGAGGAAUCCAAACAAGAAAAUGAAGAGCUUAACUGUGGAAAUGAUGCAGACAGCACUUCUGAAGGGCCAUCACAAGUACCAUGUGGCUUAAGGGAGAGUAUAUCAGGUCUUGCCUCAAAGGAAGCAAAUAAUUUGCAAUUGUAAUGCAACCCUUUAAAUAGGCUUAUGUGUGUGGCUUUUAAUUGCAGUCUUCCUCUUGAAAGGAUAUACUAAAACUUCUCAGGUACAGAAACGCUUGUGGAAGCAUUACAUAUGUUUUUAACUGGAAUUAUGUAGGAGUGGCAGCAUCUGGAUACUGUGUAGAAAACCUACUACAGGCUGCACUUAGUUGCUUGUAUAAAAUGCAAAUACUUUGUCUUUAAAAUUAUUGUGUAAAUAUCUGAUCUGACAUGAUACAUGAAAGUUGAUAAAUAAAUCUUUGCCUUACCAAAAGAGCCUCUUAUUUGAGUGGGGAAUAGCUAGUUCUAGGCUUGUCAGUUGUGACUACUGUAGAUGGAAGCUUUCAAGUUUUUUAGGCAGUGCCUGGGCAGUUAAGUCCUUAAGAGAUUUCCAGAAUUUUGGAGAACAGAGUGGUUUUGGUAGAUAGGGAAAGCAAAAUAAAACUUGUGUGCUAUUGAUGAGGCUUCAGAAAGUCCAGAAUGUGUAAUAAGUCAAGAUCUAAAGUUAAGAUUUAUGUUUUUGGGGGUUUU